AUGGCUUCUUGUUCUUCGCUUUGCGGCUUGCGAGAAGUUCUGUUUGGAGUUUGUUUUAACUGAAGUGCUGACACAGCUACUGUGUCUACUGAGUGAGUGAUAAGUGAGUGAUACACGACUGAUAAUCAGUGAUAGACAUGGCGAUGGCUGAUCCUCUGAUUGCGUCAAAAGAGAACAAUCUGCCUUUGAUUUUAAAUGGAGAGUUUUUUAAAAUAUUGAUGGAGGAAGAAGCUGAUCCUUUAGAACCCUGUGCAGUGGUUCAGAUAACAGCAAAAUGCAUGUUGUGUGCAAAACAUACAGUGAUAAGCAGCACGAAAAAUUCAACGGGGAAUUUUCAUAAGCAUUUACGGAGAAAACAUCCCCGUGCAGUAAAAAAGUUUGAUUCCUUAAAGGAGCAUUCUGUAAAGUUAAAAAGAAGCAAUACUGUAGUCACAGAUGGGUCCACUAAGAGAAUCAGGGGCAAUGAAGGUGAAGACAGGCUCGUUAGUACCAGUUUUGCAACGCCUUUUGAUAGGUGUAAAAAUACGAAGCUUUCUGAAAAUAAAGCUCAAGAACUAAUAUGUAGCUAUAUCAUUGACGAAAUGCUACCGAUUUAUAAAGUAGAAAAGGAAUCAUUCAGAAGACUGGUAUCCGGUCUCAGCGGAGGUAUAAAACCACCAUGCAGAAGAACCUUAACAAAUCUAAUUGUGAAGAAGAAGGAUAAAUAUGUGACAACGUUAAAGACGAAAUUAGAUUCUGUGCAAUAUGUGUGUACCACAACAGAUAUAUGGAGUAGUAAUAACCGUAGUUAUUUGGGCAUGACAUGCCAUUAUUUUGAUGCUAAUUUAAUCAGAUGUUCUUCAGUGUUAGCCUGUAGACGCAUGCGUUAUUCCCACACACAUUUAGAAAUAGGGAGGGCAGUUUCAGACAUUCAUAAAGAAUACAACCUUAAAGACUCGCAAAUUGUCGGUACUGUGACUGACAAUGCUGCUAACUUUGGCAAAGCCUUUAAAAUAUUUUCUGCGCCAGAUAAUUUGUUAAAUAUUGGUGACCUAGACUUUUUAAUAGCUGAAAAUCUUGAUAUUGAUAUUAAUACUAUACCGGACUUUAUCGAAAUUGAGCAAGAUUUUCAAAAUAAUCUUGAUUUAGAGGAUUCUGACAUAACGUUGCCUCGGCACUUCAGAUGUGCUUCCCACACCUUAAAUUUAAUUGCAACAAAGGAUGCUGAAACUGCAUUGCUGGAUAGUGGUUAUAAAAAAAUAUAUAAUUCCACAUUUGCAAAAUUGACAGCCAUAUGGAACAUAUCGCACAGGUCAACUGCAGCUGCGGAUGAAAUUGAGAACAUUUGCAAACUCAAAUUAUUAGUGCCAUGUCCCACCAGAUGGAACUCUUUAUUCGAUAGUGUACAAAGAAUCCUGCAAUUACGAGAGCAUCUAGAAACAAUAUGUGAAAAAUUAAAAAAACCAAAAUUAAAAAAUAUUGAGUUGGAAUUUUUGUCAGAGUACGCUUUAGUUAUGGAAGUGCUUGCUAAAUCUAUUGAUAUUUUGCAAGGCGAAGAGAGUUGCUGUUUAGGGUAUUUACUUCCUACAUUAUUUCAAAUUAAAAAAACGUUAAAUUCUCUUUCGCAUUUGGUAUUUUGCACAGCAUUAAAAGACGCAAUAUUGGAUGGCGUUAAUAAGAGAUAUAAGGAUAUUUUGAAUUUAAAUAGCAGUACCUCAAAACCCUAUAUUUUGGCCACUGUUUCGAUACCAAAAUUUAAGUUAAAGUGGAUAACCUCAACAACAUCAGAUGUGAACCUUAUUGAGAGCACAACUAAGCUUAUCAAAUCCUUGUUCAUUACUGAAUGUGAAAAAGCCUCUAAAAGAGAUACUGCUAAAGCCUAUGAAGAGGAAAGUGGCGCUGCUUCUGCUGGCAGCGAAGAUGAUGAUUUCUUCGAUAUUCUUAAAAGUCCUCUUAGUCCAACGUCAAGCUUGCAUUUGUCAGAGAAAGAAUAUGUGGAAUCCGCAGCUUUUAAAAGUAUCGUUGAGAUGGAAUGCCUAAGGUAUUUUCAAGACAAAUCAAAGGAUAAGCUAUCUUUAUUGAAUUAUCCCCUCGUUAUGAAAGUAUACAAAAUUUAUAAUACUAUUUUGCCUUCAUCUGCACCAGUUGAAAGGCUAUUUAGUACGGCAGGACAAAUUCUGACUCCUAAAAGAAACCGUCUUUCCGAUGAAAUGUUUGAAAUUCUUCUUCUCUUACGUCACCAAACAGACCUAUUGCAGUAAUAUCACAAAUCACAAUUAAUCUGUAAGGUAUGAGUACAUUUGUAUGUAUUACUUUUUUGUGAAAUUAGAAUAGACAUUAAACUUCUUUAACAGCGUUCAUUUUUUCAAUGUACUUUUUAAAGUACCUACUUACAGUUUUUAGGUACUUUUACACUGUAACUGUACCUGUACCUAGGUACUGUGACAAAUAUGUACCUAUACCUGUACCUAAGUAUUUAUUUGUUCAAGUACCUGUAACUGUACCUAGAUACUGAAAUAAAAGUACCUAUUACAACACUG